UAAAAAAAAAAAAAGAGCCGAGGAGGCAAUUUCCUUUCGAUGGCGGCGGAGAACCUGGCCGGCGAAGCGGCGGUUCCCCUCAGCGGCGGCGGCGGCGGCGAGUCGGAUGGCUCCUUCGGGGCGACGCGUCGGCUGAGCGACCUGCGGGUGAUCGACUUGCGGGCCGAGCUGAAGCGGCGCAGCUUGGACAGCAGCGGCAUCAAGAGCGUCCUCCUCGAGCGGCUCAGGAAGGCUGUUGAGGAGGAGGGGGGAGACCCUGAAGAGAUUGCAGUGGUGACAGAAAUAACCACAAAGAAGGUGCCCAAGAGGAGCAGCAAAGGGCGUAGACCAGAGGAAGAGGGCGCUGAAGACAAUGGGCUUGAGGAUGAUUCUGGAGACGGGCAGGAGGAUAUUGAAGCAAGUUUGGAUAACUUGCAGGAUAUUGACAUGAUGGAUAUUAAUUUGUUAGAUGAAGCUGAAAUAGAUAACGGCAGUGGUGUAGAUGACUGUGCUGACAGUAGACUUGGCUCCUCCUCUCAGUCUGAUAGUAAAGAAAAUGCUGGUGCAGAAAGGAGAGAACUUCCAGAGCAGCUUUCAGGAUGUCCUGUAGGUAACACGGAGGCCCUUCCACACAUGUCAGACAUUAAAGAAGAAUCAAGAGAAAUACCAGUAGCCAUGGUGGAAGGAGAAGAGUCCAGAAACACCCUCGAUCUGGUUUCCUCUGAUUUUACAGAUGAGAAGGAGCUUGAAGAAUUUCCCUUGGAAUCAGAAAAUGAGAAAAUGCUCGACAUUUUGGGUGACACUUGUAAAUCUGAGCCCCUUAAAGAAGAAGCUUCUGAAGCAGAGCAGGCACAGGAAGAGAAUAUCUCGUUGCCGGUCAAACAGGAAGCCCAGGAAGAGGAAGACGCACUUGCCACUGCCGUCGCUCAGUCGGACGAAGAGCUUUUAGAUACGGACGGCCAGGCUGCAGCCAAGAGCGAGGAGGAUGAAGCGAAGCACUUAGUGGUAGCGAAAGGGGAGCCGAGUGAAGAGACAGUAGAGGAAGCUAACCUGGACUCUGACUCUUUAGCAGUAGAGAGCAGGUGUGGUGGUGGAGGAGAAGGAGGAGAAGGAAGUGGUGAGAGUAGCAAUGCAGCCCAAACUCUGGAAGCCAGUAGUGAGGAAACUGCGGAGAAGGACGCAGGUUUCCAGGUGGUUAGCCAAGAUGCCGAGAAGAUGGAAGACAAGGCUAAUUGUGAGGAAGAGUCCUCUGCCCAAGAGGGUGGUGAUCAGAACACGAGCUCUAAUAAGGAUGCAGAGGCUAAAAGCAUUUCAAAGGAUGAGAAAGGUCGGGCUGGUGGUAGUUCUGGCAGAAAUCUGUGGGUUAGUGGUCUUUCCUCUUCCACCAGAGCUACAGAUCUGAAGAACCUAUUUAGCAAAUAUGGAAAGGUGGUGGGGGCAAAAGUGGUAACGAAUGCCCGCAGUCCCGGUGCUCGCUGUUAUGGCUUUGUCACCAUGUCUUCAUCCGAGGAAGCGACUAAAUGCAUCAACCAUCUGCAUCGAACAGAACUGCAUGGGAAAAUGAUUUCCGUUGAAAAAGCCAAAAAUGAACCUGCCGGGAAAAAAGCAUCAUCAGACAAGAAAGAAACAGAAGCCAAGAAGGAGAAGGACAGGCGUCACUCAACAGACUCCAAAUCGGAAAAGUCUCCUAGCCUUAAGAAAGAAGAAAAACUGGAGAAAAAGGAUGACGCCAAAAAGUCAGACGAGAAAGGGGUGGGAGACGGGAAAGAGGGGACCGAAACGGAGGAGCAAAAAAAGGGAUCCUCUGACCGUUCUCGAUCGAUUAAAUCAGAAAGCCGAGGAAGAGAGCGAACAGUAGUCAUGGACAAGUCCAAAGGAGAGCCAGUUAUUAGUGUGAAAACCGCAACCACAUCAAAAGAGAGAAGCACAAAAAGCCACGACCGCAAGUCGGAGAGCAAAGAGAAGCAGGACAUUCUGUCUUUUGACAAAAUCAAAGAGCAGCGCGAACGAGAGCGGCAGAGGCAACGGGAGAGAGAAAUCCGAGAGUCCGAGAGGCGGAGGGAGCGGGAACGCCGGGAGCGGGAGCAGCACAUCCACGCCGUCCGGGAGCGAGACGAGAGGCAGAAGCUGCAAUGGGAGCGGGAGCGGCUGCAGUUCCAGCGGCACCGUCUGGAGCGGGAGCGGAUGGAGCGGGAGAGGCUGGAGCGGGAGCGGAUGCACAUCGAGCACGAGAGGAGGCGGGAGCAGGAGCGCAUCCAGCGCGAGAGGGAGGAGCUGCGCCGCCAGCAUGAGCAGCUGCGCUACGAGCAGGAGCGCCGCUCGGCUUUGAGGCGGCCGUACGACGCGGACGGGAGGCGGGACGACUCUUAUUGGCCUGAAGCAAAGCGGGUGGCCCUGGAUGACGGGUACCACUCUGACUUCAGCCGACCAGAUCGCUUCCAUGGCUUUGACCACCGAGACCGCAGCCGCUACCAGGACCAUUCGGUGGACAGGAGAGAAAGUUCAAGAACUGUGCCAGAUCGGGAUGGACAGGUAUGCCCAUGCGAAGCAGUAUUGUUGUCAAAAAUGCUUUGACGUCCGAAAAGCUCGCACAAUGGUUUAUGGUCUUACGGUAUGGGUUGGGAAUUCGCAGGCUGUGAGCAGUAGGCUGAGGCAGUGCCACCAAGCAAUUUAAUUCAGGCAAAGGCUGCAGCAAGCGGGAGACACAUAGCCACAGAAAGAGCUAACUGCCGCAUCUCUGCAUGAUUCCUGCUCUGGCACUGCCUCACUCCAUGCAACAGGGGUGUGUGUAAUUCUCACACAUUUGAGCAUCGUUUCUGGGGUGGGAUCCUUGGAAAGCAGAUAACCCUUACAGAGUCUGAGAAUGAAUCCCGUCAGGAAUUCACGUGAAGCGUAACUCCAGCCUCCACAUUCUUGUUGACAGCCUCGGCUGUCGGAGAUUUGGGGAUCCUGGUCAAGAAAGGCGAUUUGGAUUCUUGGAAAGAAAAACAGAUUACAAGUAAAACGAAGGGACUACCUGCUGCUAUGUGAGAGCUUUUGCGUGUCUUGCUGCGUAGGGACAGAUUAAGAAGAACUGUUCUCGAGUCAUUUUGUCCAGGCACGGUCGCUUCCUGUUGGCUGCAACACAUGCAAAAUACCUGGAAAAUCAGACUCAAAACAUCAGCCCGAUAUCCAUAAGAGAAGGCACUAACAUUUUACUUGUGUCUCUUCAGCAAUUCCCACUGCUGAAGAGGCAAGCCUUU